AUGUCGAAGAACGGCGCUAGAAACUGCUUAGGAUCAAUGGAAGAUAUCCGAAAAGUAUUCCAACGAUUCGACAAAAACGGCGACGGAAAAAUCUCGAUCGACGAGCUUAAAGACGUGAUCGGAGCGCUAAGUCCCACGGCGUCGCCGGGAGAGACGAAGCUGAUGAUGAAACAGUUCGAUCUCGACGGCAACGGAUUCAUCGACAUGGACGAGUUCGUCGCUCUUUUCCAAAUCGGAGAAGACGGAAACAACAACAAUGGCGGUGGUGAGAUUCGAGAUCUGAAGGAAGCGUUUGAUCUGUACGAUCUGGAUCGUAACGGACGGAUCUCGGCGAAAGAGCUUCACUCGGUGAUGAAGAAUCUCGGCGAGAAGUGUUCGAUUCAGGAUUGUAAGAGGAUGAUUAGCAAAGUCGAUGUUGACGGUGACGGUUGUGUUAAUUUCGAUGAGUUUAAGAAGAUGAUGAUUAACGGCGGAGCUUAA